UGGUAGAAAAGGUAAAGAAAUUUAAGAGAGGAUUUUGAAGGAUGAAUGAUAGCUCAUCUAGAGAAAUGAAUGAUAGUUUAGCCGCUAUUACUGAAAGACAACCUCAAAGGCCUUGUGGUUGUGUGGGCAUUUUCUUUCAGCUCUUUGAUCAGAACCGUAGAUUUGCUAAGAAGCUGUUUCCAAAGAAACUGCUUUCCCCAGCUUGCUAGAAACAAGCUUCAAAAAAGUUUGGAGGGGAUGAGAAGCAGCCAAAGCUUCGUUUGAUUGCUGAUGAGAACAGUGGGGGUUUUCCAAAUGCAAAGAAUAAUGGAAUGACCGAUACACGUUGUGAAAGCAAGCGCGAAACGAAAGCUCCAAGUUUGGUUGCUAGGCUCAUGGGUUUGGAAUCGAUGCCAGCAGGAUCAGGCAGUAAGCCCCAAAAGGCUUCAGCUUCUGAAACUUGGAGCAAUGUAGCAGACAAACUUGGUGCUCGACCUGGCGGAUCUGAUAAAGAAGAUAUGGAUUUUGAGAUGGCCGAAAUAAAGAGUUCAGAACCAGGUUUGCAAAGGUUUAGAGCUAAAUGUUCUCUCACUUAUCCUACUAGAUAUUUUUCUCCUUUGGAAGAUGAAGCAGAUUUAGUUGGGAAUUCACUUGAUCACCAUUCAACUGACAGCUACCACUCCAGCAGUCCCAGUAGUAGCUCAAAGGAAAAAGUGCUUGCUGAAUCAGUGGACUCUGUUGAUGAUGAACCACUCUUUCCAGAACCUGAUAGAGAUCUUUCAUAUUUUGAGACCGCAUUAUCCACCAGGAGGAGUUGCAGAGAACUGAUUCAUAACGUUUCUGGAGUGCUCAGCAAGAUUUAUCAGUUAAAAGGAAGCAAACUCAUUUCUGCACUUAUUUACUCCCGCGCCGAAUACUUAGUUUCCAACAAAUAUCAAGCUGAUGCAAUGCACCUCUCGGAGAGCUCUUCAAGAAGCUAG